AUGGAGAUGGCGGGAACUGAAUAAUCCCCGUCUUCCUUCAACUUCAACCGCUAUCAUUCAUCUAAAUCCGCGCCGAAUUACUGAAGAUAAAUGUACGGGAACAGCCAAUUUGACGGCAACGCCGCCUUCUCCGGCGGCGGCUUUAUGCCUUCUCAGGCUACCCCAACUGCCGACCCCUCCUCUCCGGCCAAGAAUCGUGAAGCACAAGGCUUACUUUCAUUGACGGUAAAGCAAAUAAGAGGAGCUUUUCAAGCGAGUGAUGAUAAGGCAAAUUUUCUAGCCGAUGGAGUUGAUGUUAACAGCGUGAAAUUGGUGGGAUUGCUAUUUGAGAAAACUGAGAGGGUGACUGAUGUUUCUUUUGUACUUGAUGAUGGAACUGGUCGAAUCGAUUGCCAUAGAUGGGUACAAGAAGCUCUUGAUACAAAGGAAAUGGAGCUACUAUCAAAUGGUACAUACGUCAAAAUUCAUGGGCAUUUGAAGGGCUUUCACGGGGUAAAACAAUUGGUUGUUUACUCCGUGAGGGGUAUCACGGACUAUAAUGAGAUUCCAAACCACUUUGCUGAGUGCAUCUAUGUCCAUUCCUACAACACUAGAGCACGGAAGAUCCAGGAUGCUCCCCAAGCUACAGGUCAACUGCCAAAUCCAGCUGUUAACACCCCUUCCAAGGGGUACCAACCUACCUCAUCAAAUAAUUCUCAGUUUCCUGUGCAACCUAUUGUGGAUGGAAUGAAGGGCAUUGAUAAACUUGUCUUGAACUAUAUGCAGCUGCCAUCAUGCAUCGGCAAAGAAAAUGGAGUCCAUCGUGCUGAAAUUGCCAAACAUCUAAAUGUUCCGGAGCAUAAGAUCAUAGAAGCUAUUGCAUCUUUGGACGCAGAAGGUUUAAUUUAUUCAACUAUUGAUGAGUUCCACUUUAGGUCCACUGUCAACGGUUGAAAUUGGAUAUAUAUAGGAGCGAUGAAAUUUUUUGUGCUAUAUCUACAGUUAUCAACCUUUUGCUAUAAAUGAAUAUGAGUUCAUUUUCUUGUAGCAAUGUAGUGAAUUCAAUUUAAAUCUAUGAAAUGGAA